GGUUUCGUAGCUAGCCCCUUAUACACAUUCUCGUGUUGUGGCUGUGAAAUCGUUUUUCCCAGGAGAUCUGAAUUUUCAAUAGACUACGGAAUUUCCGUUGUUAAAAAUUUGACUCAGUAUAAAAGAUCAUUUGCCAAAAACACUCAACCAUGCUGACGACCCAGCAGACCGAAUUCAAGAUGAUGGACAACGGCACCGAGACGCUGGCCGAUUCUCCUUCGAGUUCCAGUGAGGAUCUGAAAGCGCUUUCGGAGAUGGAUAUUCGCAAGCCCCUAACGGAGAUUGUUGACUUGCGCCUUAAGCAUCCGCUGGAGAACACUUGGACCCUAUGGUACCUGGAGAAUGAUCGCAGCAAGAAUUGGGAAGACAUGCAGAACGAGAUCACUAGCUUCGACAUGGUCGAGGACUUCUGGAGUCUCUACAAUCACAUUAAGCAACCAUCUGAGAUUAGAGUGGGCAGCGAUUAUUCUUUGUUCAAGAAGGGCAUUCAGCCAAUGUGGGAGGAUCCUGCGAACAAGUUCGGCGGCCGUUGGGUCAUCAAUAUGGGGCGUGGCUCCAAAGCGGAGCUCGACAAGCUUUGGCUAGAUGUGCUACUCAUACUGAUUGGCGAGGCCUUUGAAAACACCGAAGAAGUCUGCGGCGCUGUUAUCAACUUGCGCGGGAAGAGCAACAAAAUUUCGAUUUGGACCGCCAACGGACACAACGAGCUGGCCGUCAUGGAGAUUGGACUCAAGUUACGCGACCUGCUCGUCCUGCCGCCCCACCAACUGCAGUACCAGCUGCACAAGGACACUAUGUGCAAGCAGGGAUCGGUGAUCAAAGCGGUUUAUUGCGUGUAAGCCGUCCCCGUUUUGGAUGCCACCCACCACCACUCCAUCCAGGGGACCAUCCAUCACCCACAUUUCCAUGGGCGCUUAUGCCGCCGCAUGCUGUUUCCAGCGCGUGUAUCCGAAAAAUAUAAAAAAAAAAUGUAUCUUGAAACAGAACUGGUUUUAUGAAUUUGACCAUGUUAAAAAUUGCAAAGAAAGCUGUAAAUACAUAGUGUUUUGAAUGC